UGGAGAAUCCCCUUUACAUUUUGUGCUCUACGUAAAACAUGUUAAACGGAACGUCCUCAAUGCCGCCAACUUAACGCGCGCGCGUCUAUAUCGCCGUCUCUUUCGAUUCAAGUUUGUAAUAUUGUCGUCUUAACGAAACGUCGUCCAUUUUGACGUUUAGAAAUGAAGUGGUCUCAUUAUCAACACGUGCAAGUGAUAGAUUUUAAAACUUAAUAAUGUCGAUGCUUGCGGGUCCCCGCCGCAAGCAAAAAGUUAUAAAUCUUCGAGCUAAAAAUAGUGAAUGGAGCAAUGAUACUAAUAAAUUCGGACAGCGUAUGUUGGAGAAAAUGGGUUGGACAUCAGGAAAAGGGUUAGGUGCAAAUGAAAAUGGAAUUGUUGAGCAUGUUGUGGCUCGAUAUAAAAAUGAUGAAAAAGGACUGGGUUUUGAAGACAAAAAUGACCAAUGGACCAAACAUGAGGAUGAUUUCAAUUCAUUACUUGCAAAUUUAUCCAACGCUAAUGACGACAGCCCAAAAUUACACAGUGGAGUUUCUCUUGAAGAUAAAUCGAAAAAAAGUAAAGCAAGGAUUCAUUACCAUAAAUUUACUCGGGGAAAAGAUUUGUCUCGGUAUAGUGAAAAAGAUUUAGCUAAUAUCUUCGGUAAGAAAAGCUUUAAACAAGAGGAUGUAACUGAGAGUCCUCUUGCUGAGAAGUCAAUACCAACUGAGCAAGUAUUUACAGAAAAGGGAAGUAUGGAAGAUUACUUUAAAAAUAAAAUGGCAGUGAUCAAGUCCAAAAAUAAAACAUCACAUACAAAACAGGUUCAGCCAGAAUUGGAUUGGGAGGAUGAACCAAACUGUGGUUUCCAAGGCUUUUUAGGAACUGCUGAUCAGAAAGAUAUUGUUGAAAAUAAUGAUUUUAGUGAUCAGACAGAGUUAACAAAUGAUCGAGAAAAUGGUGCUCAUGUUGACAAUUUAGAAGAUAAACCAAAAAUCAAGAAAAAGAAAAAAAAGAAGUGCAAAGACAUUGAUGAGAUGAAUGAGUUUUGUGAGAAGACUAAAGAUGUACCGCAGAUUGAAAAAUUAAAGAAAAAACAGAAAGUGAAUUCAGAAAAUUCACUUCAGGAAUCUGACAUAGACACACAGAAAGAUUGCAAGAAGCGAAAACAAGAUAUAAGUGAAAUAGAAGAAAUAGAUGUAAGUCUAAAUAAACCUAAGAAAAAGAAAAAAAGGAAAAAUAAAGACGUUUGAUAAAAAAGCAUUGUUUUAAUAAGCUAGUUUCCUUCAUAUAAAUUUGUGUUGUUGAGAAAAAGUACCUUACUGUAUUCUACUAUUCUUGUAAAACUACAAUAGAAAAGUUAUUCUUAGCGCACAAGUUUUUUGUUUUUAAAAACCAAUCACUAAACGAUCU